UCGGCCGUGGCUUGCUUCGAUUGGAGGAGCCAGCUGUGUUCAGCUGCAGUGUAGGCAGAUCAGAUCAGUGCGGAGAGUGGCGAGACAAGGCAGCCUCUGUCUCCUGCAGCCGGAGGGAGCUCAGCGCUCAGCAGUGCAGAGCUAGAGGAGAGCAGUGGGUCUGCAGUACGAAGCAGGCAGGCAGGGCUGGAACACUGGUGCUUUAGGACUGGAGCAGGGCUACAGGAGGAACCUGGGCUAACCUAACCUGGACUGGACUAGGCUGUAGCUGGGCUUUCCUGAACUUAGCUCCAUUAGGCUGGUCCAAGGUCCAGACUGCCAGGGACAGGUGGCCAGAGCUGGGUGGUGAUCCCAGGCCAGAGGGCUCUGUCUGGGGGUGACGUGGUUGGGCACCUGGGUAUGGGCUGCUCGGCCAGCUUGGUGCUCCUCCAGGUCCUGCGUUCCGUGGGCCGGGCCAACUGUGCCCACAUGUGCUCCCGCCAGGACCAGCUAUCCCUGGACGCCUUGCCGCCCGGCGAGGGCCACGCCACCUCCGGGGGAAGUAGAGCCCUCACCAUCAUCGUUAUGCAGGAGAAACCCAAGCUGAUAGACCCUCUGGACUACGAGGCUGUGAUCUGUGACCUGGGAGAUGAGCUGAAUGAAGACCCCCUCAGAGAGAUGCUCCUCUUCCCCGACAACGAUUUCACGGUGUCCACAGUGCCUCUGGAGAGACGGACAUUGCAGUCCACCGUGCCCCAGGGGGCCGAGCUCCAGGCCGAGUGUCUGCUGGUCAGACAGGCCUGCGAGUACUACAACUCCCAACUACACGUGGUCCAUUACAAAUAUGAUGAGUACGCAGGAGAUUACCGACUACUUCCCAGGAAGCUGUACAAGGCGGAGAAGUUGCCCUCCCACUCCUUUGAGAUUGACCAUGAGGACGUGGACAAGGAUGAGGACACAACGUCUUUGUCCUCGUCUAAAGGAGGGGGAGGAGGAGGAGGGAUCGGUGUGUUCCGAUCGGGAUGGCUCUAUAAAGGGAACUUCAACAGCACUGUCAACAACAGCAUCACUGUUCGGUCGUUCAAGAGGAGGUACUUCCAGCUGACACAGCUGACUGAUAACUCCUACAUCAUGAACUUUUACAAAGAUGAAAAGAUCUCCAAAGAACCCAAGGGCUGCAUCUUCCUGGACUCGUGUACCGGUGUGGUUCAGAACAACCGUCUGAGGAAGUACGCCUUUGAGCUGAAGAUGAACGAGGUGACGUACUUCGUGCUGGCGGCGGAGAGCGAGCAGGACAUGGAGGAGUGGAUCAGUACCUUGACCCGGAUCCUUCAGAUCAGCCCCAACGACGGCCCCACCCCACUGACGCAGCUGGACCGUAAGAAUGUAGACCUCAUCGACACACGGCAUGACGUCUGUGAUCUGUCUCUAAGCGACGUGUGUUUACCUGAGAAUGAAGAGACGACAGAGAGCGGCAUCAACCCUGAGCUGGCYAAGUAUUUCUCUGAAACUGAGGAGGUGGUCCGAUCGGCCAGAAGAGAAGAGAGGCUCAACCUGUUCUCCCUGGACCCUGACACCCCGGUGUUGAGGAGUCCGCGGGAGGAGUACCCUAGGGGUGAGGGCCCCCCAAUCCGUCCCUUCGAGGAGAAGCUGGGGAGGAGGCUGAUGAUCGCCUGUGGAUCCCUCAACCUGACGCUGCAGGGCUGCAUCAAUGAGACCGAGGCUGGUCCUGUCACCAACAUUGAGCCCUUCUUUGUGACUGUGGCCCUGCUGGAUGUGCGUGAGGGGAGGAAGGUGUCGGCCGACUUCCAUGUUGACCUGAACCACGAGACGGUGCGUCAGAUGCUGGGCGGGGCUGGGUCGGGAGGGCCCGGGGCGGGGCAGGAGAAUGGACUGAGCUCCCCUGCAGAGAAGAGACCUGGAGACUGUCAUCUCAGCCUGGACCUGGACGACUGGCUCCGUUUCCCCAAACAGGCCAUCUUCUCAGUGACAAACCCCCACACGGACAUUGUUCUAGUGGCGAGGGUGGAGAAGGUGCUGAUGGGAAAUAUUGCCGUGGGAACAGAGCCGUACAUCAAAAACACAGACUCCAGCAAGACGGUUCAAAAGAUGCUGAAAUCCAACAAGCAGUUCUGCAGUAAACUGGGGAAGUACCACAUGCCCUUUGCCUGGUGCAUCAGGUCUGUGUUUAAGGACAACCAGGGGACGGUGGACCGGGAGUCUCGCUUCUCGCCCCUCUUCAAACAGGAGAGCAACAAGAUCUCCACCGAAGAUCUCAUCAAGCUGGUGUCUGAGUACAGGAGGGCUGAGAAGACCAGCAAACUGCAGACCAUUCCAGGGAACCUGGACAUCACAGUGGACUAUGUCCCUAUGGAGCAUCCAAACUGUGUGACGUCAUCCUAUGUGCCCGUCAAGCCCUUCGGGGACUGCAGCCAGCACCAGGCCACCGUGGAGGUGGAGGAGUUUGUCCAGGACUCCACCAAGUUCACCCAGCCACACCACGUCUACAAGAACCACGUCUACAUCUACCCCCGACACCUCAAAUACGACAGCCAGAAGAGCUUCGCCAAGGCUCGUAACCUUGCAGUCUAUGUGGAGUUUCGGAGUUCAGAUGAGGAAAUUGCCAAACCUUUGAAGUGCAUAUACGGCAAGCCUGGGGGUCCAGUUUUCACCACAGCAGCCUGCUCCACGGUCCUUCAUCACUCCCAGAACCCAGACUUCUAUGAUGAGGUGAAGAUUGAAUUGCCCACCCAGCUCCACGAGAAGCACCAUCUACUCUUCUCCUUCUACCAUGUGACCUGUGACAUCAACGCCAAGACCAACUCCAAGAAGAAGGAGGCCCUGGAGACCCCAGUGGGCUACUCGUGGCUGCCUCUGCUCAGAGAGGGUCGCCUGGCCUCACAGGAGUUCAACAUCCCUGUGUCCUGUAGCCUGCCCCCUGGAUACCUGCUCGUCAAAGAACCUGGAUCUACUAAGAACGGCUCAGAUCUGAAGUGGGUGGACGGAGGUAAGCCCAUAUUCAAGGUCUCCACCAACGUCCUCUCCACAGUCUAUACUCAGGACCCCCACCUGAACCGCUUCUUCCAGCAGUGCCAAAAACGAGACACGGACCUCUCCCAAUCACCUACCUCAAACUUCCUCAACUGCCUAAAGGGCUUACUGAGCAUUGAGAAGAUUCCAGUGAUAAUUCGUUUCCUGCCUGUGCUCUUCAACCAGCUGUUCAAGGUCCUCACCCAGAACGACAACGACGAAGUCACCACCACCACCACCAGGGUGCUGGUCCACAUUGUUGCCAAGUGCCAUGAAGAAAACCUAGACCACUACCUGCACUCCUACAUAAAGUUUGUGUUCAAGGCGGAGUCGCAUGGCUUCCGGACGGUCCACGAGGAGCUGGCCAAGGGCAUGACCUCUGACCUGAAGAGCAACGAGCAGCCGGCCGUCAGGAACAUCCUCAGGUUUUCCUGGUUCUUCUUCGAGCUCAUUGUCAAGUCCAUGGCCCAGCAUCUAGUGGACUCAGACAAUAUCAAGCUCCCUCGACCACAGAGGCUCCCUUCAACCUACCUGAGUCGCCUGGAGAGCCUAGUCAUGACCGUGUCCGACCACAUCUUCUGGAAGAGCAAGGAGCUGGCAGAGGAAACCCGCAGUGCCAACCUGGCCGUGGCAGCCUUUGUCAAGCGUUGCUUCACCCUCAUGGACCGAGGGUUCACCUUCAAGCUGAUCAGCAACUAUGUCAACAUGAUCACAGCCACUGACAACAAGGUGCUGUGUGAGUUCAAGUUUGAGUUCCUGCGAGAGGUGUGCAACCACGAGCACUACAUCCCUCUCAGUCUGCCCCUCCCCUCCGCUCAAAUCACAGACAACGCAUCACAAGAAAGGCAAAGUGCUCAGGUGGAUGUGCCGGAGUACAGCCUGACGGGCGAGUUCUGCCGGAAGCACUUCCUGACGGGCUUGUUGCUACGGGAGCUGGGCCUGGCGUUGCAGGAUGAGCAGGACCUGCGCCACCUGGCCCUCGCCAGCCUCAAGAACCUGAUGGCCAAGCACUCGAUGGACGCCCGCUAUGCCAUGAAGGAUAAACAGGCGAGGAUAGCGUCCCUUUACCUGCCUCUGUACGGCCUCAUCCUGGACAACAUGCCUCGCUUCUUCCUCCGAGACCUUUUCCCCAUCUACUUCACCUCCAGUGACCAAGGUUCAAGAGACGACCUGAGUGUGGGAGUGGGCGUGGCAGGUCAGGUGGCUCACGUCAUUCGCCAUGGUAACUCGGUGGAUGCCUCCUUUUCCAAAGAAGUGCUCAACUCCAUCACAGCCUUCUCCUCCCUGGCUGUUUCCACGGGUAACCAUGCCGACUCACGGGGUUCUCUGAUCAGCAUAGAGUCCAACCCCAGCACCAGUGACAGGAACAGCGAGAAGAUGGACGGAUGUGAAAAGUUUGCCCGGCCUCAGUCUCUGAUAGGCUUUGGAUCUCGCUUUGACAAGCUGGACCAGGCCGAGACGCGCAGUCUGCUCAUGUGUUUCCUCCACAUCAUGAAGACCAUAUCGGAGGAGGUGAUGGUUUCCUAUUGGCACCGAGCCAUACACCAGGAGAUCUCCGACUUCUUCAACAUCCUGGAGCUGUGUCUCCAGCACUUUAGAUUCCUGGGGAAGCGCCACAUAGCCAGGAAGCUAGCGGCCGUGGUAAAGCUGGCCCAGGGCACCCAGAACAAUGGCACCCUGAAGGGCUCUAACCAUUCCGCCCAGUCCUCCACAGGCCUGCUCCCUCAAUGGAUGCUGUCAGGACAGGAUGGCCAUCGGCACGCCCGCUCCCAGACAAUGCCCAUCAUCCGGGCCAAGAACGCCCUGACCAACCCCAAGCUGCUGCAGAUGAUGGAGACUGAUGGGAACAUCCCAGAGGGUGACCACCUGAGCCCGACGGACAUCGAGGCCAAUCUGUCCACCGAGGUGGCCCUCAUCGUACUGGAUGUCCUGGGCCUCUUUGUCCAUCACCACAAGAAACAGUUACUGCAGGACGAGGGUCAGAACCUGCUGAUGAGGAAGGUGUUCGACACCUACCUCCUGUUCUUCCAGAUCAAUCAGUCCACCAGCACCCUGAGACACGUCUUUGCUGCCCUGCGCCUCUUCAUACAGAAGUUCCCCUCUGCGUUCUUCCAGGGUAAAGCGGACCUGUGUGGCUGCCUGUGCUACGAGAUCCUGAAGUGUUGUAACCACCGCUCCAGCUCCACCCAGACUGAGGCCUCCGCACUCCUCUACUUCUUCAUGAGGAAAAACUUUGAGUUCACCAAGGGGAAGUCCAUCGUCCGCUCCCACCUACAGCUGAUCAAGGCAGUGAGUCAGCUGAUCGCGGAUGCUGGCAUCGGAGGCUCACGCUUCCAACAGUCUCUGGCCAUCAUCAAUAACUUUGCCAACGGAGAUGCUCCUCUCAAGAACACACCGUUCCCUGCCGAGGUGAAAGACUUGACCAAGCGGAUCCGCACGGUGCUGAUGGCCACGUCCCAGAUGAAGGAGCACGAGAAGGACCCGGAGAUGCUGGUGGACCUGCAGUACAGCCUGGCCAACUCCUACGCCAGACGGCACCGAGCUCCGGCGGCCAUGUGUUACAAUUCACAUCUCAGCCCUGAUCCGCUGAGCCCUCAAGAGGAGAGGCUACUGGAAACUGACAAGGCCAGGAUGUUAAGUGUGGUUCCUGAGGAGCCCAAUGUCAUUAACUGUAGCCCCUUACUAACCCCCCGAGAUGGAGAAACGUCGUUCUCCAUGGGCUGGGCGGCCUUCCUGUGCAUCUCACCRAACGUGAAGGAAGAGGGGGCCAUGAAAGAGGACACAGGGACUCAGGAUACCCCCUACACUGAGGACACUCUAGUGGAGCAGCUGGAGCUGUGUGUGGACUACCUGUGGAAGUCUGAGAGGCACGAGCUCAUCGCCGAUAUCAACAAACCCGUCAUUGCCGUCUUUGAGAAGAGGCGAGAUUUCAAGAGGCUAUCGGAGCUGUACUACGACAUCCACCGCUCCUACCUGAAGGUGACAGAGGUCGUGAACUCUGAGAAGCGUCUGUUUGGCCGAUACUACCGCGUGGCGUUCUACGGAUUGGGAUUCUUUGAGGAGGAGGAGAGUAAAGAGUUCAUCUACAAGGAGCCUAAGCUGACAGGACUGUCCGAGAUCUCCCAGAGGCUCCUCAAACUCUACUCGGACAAGUUUGGGGCCGACAACGUCAAGAUGAUCCAGGACUCCAACAAGGUAAAUCCUAAAGACCUGGACCCCAAGUACGCCUACAUCCAGGUGACCUACGUAGUGCCCUACUUCGACGACAAGGAGCAGCAGGAGAAGAAGACGGACUUCGAGCGACAUCACAACAUCAAUCGCUUCGUGUUCGAGACGCCGUUCACUCUGUCGGGGAAGAAACAUGGCGACGUGGAGGAGCAGUGCAAGAGACGCACCAUACUAACCACGAACUCCACAUUCCCCUACCUGAAAAAGCGUAUCCAGGUGGUGGAGCAGCAGAGCACGGAGAUGAACCCCAUCGAGGUGGCCAUCGACGAGAUGUCCUGCAAGGUGUCCGAGCUCAACCAGCUGUGUGCCAUGGCAGAGGUGGACAUGAUCCGGCUGCAGCUSAAACUGCAGGGUAGCGUCAGCGUCAAGGUCAAUGCAGGGCCCAUGGCCUAUGCCCGAGCCUUCCUGGAAGAGAAAAAUGCCAAGAAGUACCCCGACAACCAAGUCAAACUGCUCAAGGAGAUUUUCAGGCAGUUUGCAGAGGCGUGCGGCCAGGCGCUGGAUGUCAACGAGCGGCUGAUCAAGGAGGACCAGCUGGAGUACCAGGAGGAGAUGAGAGCCCACUACAGGGACAUGCUCACGGAGCUCUCCACCGUCAUGAAUGAGCAGAUCCCUCACACAAGACCACCAGGAACAGAACGACACAGCGCCUUCUGAGCAGCCAAUAGGCAUGCUGGAAUCUGACAGUGCCUAGGAGGACAUGUUUACCCAAAAUGGCUCCUGGUGACAGACGUCGUUUUUCCUCCUGCCAGGAAUUAUACAGAAAGGAGCAGGGGACUGGAACUGUGACUUUAUGGGAACUGG